AUGCAUCUUUCUGUAGAUACAAUGUUGGGUAAAAAGCCUGAUAAAUGUAAAGUGUGUAUGCUUCGGAAUGUAAAACCGGAUCAUUUUGAAUCCGAAAAACACAAGCAGAAUUGUUGUUUGAGGAAAUAUACAGCAAAUAAGUCACAUUUUACUGCAAACCGUGUAAAAGUAGCUUCAUUAUAUUGUGAAGUCACCUCAUCUACUGCCUCUACCAACAGUAGUGAAGGAAAAAUUAAGAUUUCUGUAAAACCUGAUGAGACAGUUGAAUUUAAAUUUACUCUCUCUAAUGAUAGUAAACUGAAUAAUCUAGAAGUGAUAGCAGUAGACUUGAUACAUUCGGAACUUCAUUUUGAGAUACCCAACAACCCGUACAAGCCUGGGAAUCAACCUCACACUAUUCCACCGAGAAGCAAGCUGCAUGAAAAAGUUGUGGUCAGUUUCAAAGCACCACACAUUGGACAGUAUGAAACUCCAAUCCUUUUCAAAUUGAAGCAGAAAGACGUUAGUAACGAGACCAUUGUUUUAAUGAGAGAUAUGGUGGUUUAUGUGGAGGAGACUGUGUCGCUCCAUGACAAGAUUAUAAGCCCUUAUGAAAAAAAACCGGUAUGGGCAAAACAAUUGCUCAGGUCUCCUCACAAAGAGGACUCGGACGAAAUGUUUCCAAUACCAAAAAGUUACAAGCCAAUCUUUGCAAAUAAUUUGCAACCUGUUGGCAAAGCUACUGAGCUUCAAAAAGAAUUGGCGGCUGACAUCAGGAAAACACUCGACGUGGGUAUCACCAAGGAGAAUUAUGUAAAGUUCUUCCAUAACUUGCUUUGGUAUGAAGAGACCAUCAUCAGAGUUAAUAUUAAGAACUAUAAUAUGUCGGGGGUCACCAUGAAAAUCCAGGCAACCCCGAACCAUGGUAUUGUCUAUGCUCUAACUAUACCGGGGCUUAGCGAAAAGAGACCUUCUUUAAUGAUGGGCGACUUAUUAUUCUUGAGGCACCAUAACCAAAGUGACGUGAUGUUUGAGGCGAUCGUUAAAGAGGUCACUGAGAACGUAGCAUAUAUUGGAGGGAUGCAUGCCAACUUCGCCAGUGGCUAUUCGAUGACUGCCCUAUACGACAUUCGAUUCUUCCUGUCUCGGAUCUCAUUGGAGAGGAUGCACAAAGCUGUGCACGAAAUUCGAGACAACGGUCAUUACCCGAGGAUCUUCCCGACUAGGAACACACGCAAAAUUGAAGUUGAAUCCAUCUUAAAUUACUUCAAUCCGCUGGUGGAAGAGAAUGUGGAGCAGCGUUGUGCAGUGGAGCGUAUAGUGGCGGGGACGUCUGGCACCGCGCCCUACAUGGUGCACGGCCCGCCCGGGACUGGCAAGACUAUUACCAUCGUCGAGGCUGUGUUGCAGUUGGCAAUACGACCUACGAAAACCCGCAUACUGAUAUGCACGGACUCCAAUAUGGCGGCGGACCACGUGGCGUGCAUGUUGAUCAAAUACAAACACAUGUUCCCAAAGGGCAAAUGGUUGCUUCGAGCCAACUCUAAGUUUAGGAACUGGGACACAUUGCCGGAAUGCUUGUACAAAUUCUCCAAUGGGAGAAGUCGUCAACAGUUCGUGAACGUCAGCUUAGACGAUUUUGUAAAGUACCCUAUUGUCAUCACCACACUAUCCCAUGCAGCCAAGUUUGGACGACACAUGCUUCAUCGCCGUAUGGGCAAUCAUAUUUCCCAUCUAUUCAUUGACGAGGCGGCCCAGGCCAGUGAGCCAGCCUGCCUGAUCCCAGUCUGUGCUCUACUGAAGCAAACUGGCACCCUAGUCCUGGCUGGAGACCCACACCAACUCGGUCCCGUCGUCAUAUCCAGGACCGCUGCGGGAAUUGGACUUGGAACAUCUCUGAUGGAGCGUCUGAUGAAGACCUGUGACUUGUACUCUGAUGAAGAAGACAAAACCGACUAUGUUGUAAUGUUGCGAGACAAUUUCCGAUCGCACCCUGAUAUUUUGGAAAUUCCUGACAAACUCUUCUACAAGGGACAACUUCGGGCAUGUGCCGAGCAAGAUCCAUUGAGUACCAUCGAUGUCCUGGGUGAGAAGGAGACCAGUCGUGCCAUCGUGUUCCACGGAGUGUUAUCCAAAGAAGAGAAGAUGGGCAAGUCACCGAGCUACUUCAACAUGAUGGAAUGCGAGAUGGUGCAGCAAUACGUAAAACGUUUGGUGCAAGUACACAAUGUAUCUGCGUCUGAUAUUGGCGUCGUCACUCCGUACAUACGUCAGGUAUACCAAAUAAGGAAGUCGCUACAAGAAUGUGGCAUCAGGAAGAUAGAUGUUGGUACUGUGGAAGGUUACCAAGGCCAGGAGAAGCGCGUGGUCAUAAUAUCCACCGUCAGAGCGAACUGCGACUUACUGGAGUAUGAUGCCAAGUUCCAACUCGGCUUCCUUGUCGAUGAUAAACGUUUCAACGUAGCCAUUACCCGCGCUAAAGCCAAAGUGAUCAUCAUUGGUAACCCGCUGUGCUUAGACAAAGACGUCAAAUGGCGUAUGUACAUGGAUCGCUGCCGGGAACUGGGAACAUACCAUGGUUUCGACUCCAAACACAUCAUGUCUAAUGGUAGUGGCCAACAAAUUGUAAAUAAACUAGCUCCUCUGUUAAAAGGCAUGUCAAUAAGCGCCAGAAAGCCAAAGAAGUAA